AUAGAUUUUCGUAUAUUGUAUUGUAUCCAUGUACAAUUAUUCUCAUGCGAAAGUGCCGCAGAUAGUUGAUUCUUAAAUUUCAAUAACAUUAACAUAGUUUAAAAUGCUCGCCACUUUGAGUGCCCAGUGUGUAGAAUAAAAUAGAAAAAAAAUCGAUUUUAUAUUUUCACAAGAAAAUCUGUACUUCUUCGUUAAAUGGCCGAUAUGCUCCUUGCUCUCAACUAGUAAUAAAUAAAAUCAGUGAAAAAUGACGACAGCUCAGCACCAGCACUACACCGUCGAGGUGGGAGACACCAACUUCACCAUCCACAGUCGGUACAUUAACCUACGGCCCAUAGGAUCAGGUGCCCAAGGAAUAGUAUGCGCCGCUUACGAUACUAUCACCCAGCAAAAUGUGGCGAUUAAGAAACUAUCUCGACCAUUCCAAAAUGUAACCCAUGCCAAGCGAGCAUAUAGGGAAUUCAAGCUAAUGAAGCUUGUUAACCAUAAAAACAUUAUUGGCUUACUUAAUGCUUUUACGCCGCAAAGGAACUUGGAGGAGUUUCAGGAUGUCUACCUGGUCAUGGAGCUGAUGGACGCUAAUCUCUGCCAGGUCAUCCAAAUGGACCUGGACCACGACAGAAUGUCCUAUUUGCUUUAUCAAAUGUUGUGCGGAAUAAAACAUUUACACUCAGCAGGAAUUAUCCACAGAGACUUAAAGCCAUCCAAUAUAGUUGUAAAGGCCGACUGCACUCUAAAAAUUUUGGAUUUCGGUCUGGCACGUACUGCAGGAACUACCUUCAUGAUGACUCCCUAUGUGGUCACCCGAUAUUACAGGGCUCCAGAGGUCAUUUUGGGCAUGGGAUACACAGAGAACGUGGACAUAUGGUCCGUCGGUUGCAUCAUGGGCGAAAUGAUACGGGGCGGUGUGCUGUUUCCUGGAACGGAUCAUAUAGAUCAGUGGAAUAAAAUUAUUGAGCAAUUAGGUACACCAUCUCCCUCAUUUAUGCAGCGGUUACAGCCAACCGUCCGAAACUAUGUGGAAAAUCGUCCUAGAUACACUGGAUACUCAUUUGAUAGACUUUUCCCCGAUGGCUUGUUUCCAAACGAUAAUAAUCAGAAUAGCCGCCGGAAGGCUUCUGACGCUAGAAAUCUUCUUAGUAAAAUGCUAGUCAUUGAUCCAGAGCAGCGGAUAUCUGUGGACGAGGCUUUGAAGCAUGAAUAUAUCAACGUGUGGUAUGAUGCUGAGGAAGUGGAUGCUCCCGCUCCGGAGCCAUAUGAUCACAGCGUGGACGAGAGGGAACACACUGUGGAGCAGUGGAAGGAGCUAAUCUAUGAGGAAGUCAUGGACUACGAAGCACACAACACAAAUAAUAGAACGCGGUAGAGAACGACUUUUUCCUCCUUAGUCAGUCACAAGAAAACUAAAGCUUACCAACAAUACGGCGUGUAUUGUUAAAUUAUU